UGCUCGAGCGUUUGACAGCAUCCCCAUCGUGGAAAAGGCAUACGAAAGCAACCGGGUGGAAGUAGAUACCUACCACGGAUCCACAGAUUGUCAUGUUCAUGACAGAGGUGGGUUAUCCGGUGUUUCCGGAGGACAAGCGGGUGAAAAAAUGCGUAGAAAUGCAGGUUCUGUUGAUGAAAGAGUGUAAAAAACUUGGCAUGGAACAGGAAGUGUGUGAGGAGAACUGGAAACACUUUAUGAAAAGGCUGAAUAAAGAACAGAAGAGGUGGAAAAAGGCUGCUCAGGAAGAUGAGAGUUUGGUGGAGCGAAAAAAGGACAUGGAUCUGUUGGCAGACGUCCUGACAAGAUCAGUGGAGGUAUGGAUCUGGGAACAUGGGAAGUCCAUUACAAGUUCGUUCAUGACCCUCCCCGAGAAACCUCACCGGUUUGCGUUAAAAGAAAUGCCGGAGUUAGCGGAGCUCGUGGAAAAAAACAACCCAAAACCCAUCGACCCAAAGGAGGUGCAAGAUCUGUUGAAAAGAACUGAAAACAGGGUCCCAAUGAGACUCGUCAGACCAGAGCCAAAGAAAAAUCCCGAGCCAAAGGACAAAAGUAUCAACCCAAAGAAAAAAAAAUAUAAAAGACCUGAAAAAAUGAAAGACAAAUCCAAAAGUGCCCAACCAGAGACAGAGAAUGGCAACCCGAACAGUACUGAACAGGAGACAGUGAAAAGUAAGCAGAAAAGUGCCAAGAAAGGAUCAGCGGGAAAAACAAAGGCUGAGAAGUCUUCUGAAAAAACAUCUUCCAAACCAGCAAGUGAUGCAGAUAGAUCUACACCUACACAGACACAGCAGGAGAAGACCUCAGCUGAUCAGGUUACCGAGCAGACAUUUAAGGUGAAACAGCUCCAGCGGUGCGGGUUCUGUAACCGGCAGGAGCUUCCCGAGGCAAAGUUCCAGAAGUGCGGGCGCUGCAGGAAGACUCGCUACUGCAGCAAGGAGUGUCAGCAACAGCACUGGAGGGGGGGACACAAGGAGGAGUGUGAGGAGAGGAAAACUGACAAAGCAGAAACUUGAACUAA